CGCGCGGGCUCGCGACUUAUUAGUCCGUCAUGCAGCGCCUGACGCGGCUUUGGGUCCCCCGGCGUCUACCUGGGGCGGCUGGGGUCUCCGGGGAGACCCUCUGCCUCAGGAAAUUCGCCUCCAGCCGCUCUUCCCCGCGCAAUGCCUCUGCCAGAGCCCUAAAUAUCUUUGACCGCAAUAUGAAGAGGAAACAGAAGAACUGGGCGGCCCGGCAACCUGAGACGGUGAAGUUUGACUACCUGAAAGAGGAGGUUGGAAGUCGGAUUGCGGAUCGUGUAUAUGACAUAGCCAGAGAUUUUCCCCUUGCUUUGGAUGUUGGCUGUGGACGAGGUUACAUAGCACAACAUUUGAAUAAGGAAACUGUUGGAAAGUUUUUCCAAACAGACAUUGCAGAAAAUGCUCUGAAAAAUAGCUUAGAAACAGAAAUUCCUGCUGUCAGUGUUUUAGCUGAUGAAGAAUUCCUUCCGUUCCAAGAAAAUUCAUUUGACCUGGUGGUUAGCAGUUUAAGUUUGCACUGGGUGAAUGAUCUUCCUAGAGCACUUGAACAGAUUCAUUAUGUUUUGAAACCAGAUGGAGUAUUUAUUGGUGCAAUGUUUGGAGGUGACACGCUUUAUGAACUUCGGUGUUCAUUACAGUUAUCAGAAACAGAAAGGGAAGGAGGAUUUUCUCCACAUAUCUCUCCAUUCACUGCUGUCAAUGACCUAGGACAUCUGCUGGGGAGAGCUGGCUUCAAUACACUGACUGUGGACACUGAUGAAAUUCAAGUUAACUAUCCUGGAAUGUUUGAAUUGAUGGAAGAUUUACAAGGUAUGGGCGAGAGCAAUUGUGCUUGGAAUAGAAAAGCUCUACUGCACCGAGAUACGAUGCUUGCAGCUGCUGCGGUGUACAGAGAAAUGUACAAAAAUGAAGAUGGUUCAGUACCUGCCACAUUUCAGAUCUAUUACAUGAUAGGAUGGAAAUACCAUGAUUCACAGGCACAACCAGCUGAAAGAGGUUCGGCAACUGUGUCAUUUGGACAGCUAGGAAAAAUAAACAAUAUUAUGUCAGAGAGCAAAAAAUCACAAUAAAUAUUUUAUUCAGUG